AUGUCUACAAGCACUGAAAUUGCAGCCAAACCAUACAUACACGAUUAUGGUGCCAGACUCAGCGAGGGCGUCACAUAUCUAAAAGAGUCACGAUCCCUUUUUUGGGUAGACAUAUUUUUGAGUGAAAUACACUUGGUCACCAACAUCGAUGAUCCUAAAGCUACUCAUAAGGUCGUCAAGAUCAGUAUUGACAACUACAUCGGGGUGUAUCCAUUCUCUUCAGAACUUCCAGAACGGGUCGGGGCUGUUUUUCCGCUUGAUUCGCCGGAGGGCGUGAAAGAAGCAUUCUUCGGAGGUAAAUACGGCAUUUGUCGUCUCUCUCUUCUUUCGUGUAAGUGGCAGUACGAAGUUUUGUACUCAUCAUGCUCACAAGUGUCGGGAAAGGAUUGGGCCCGUCUUAGAUCUAACGACGGCAACGUAGCAACCAAUGGGGAUAUUUACAUCGGAAUAAUGAAUGACUUUCAUGUGGGUGUCGACACCGAAAAGGAGGCCGAGGGUUGCAUUUUCCGCGUCAAUGUAAAGCAGAAGAGCAUCGAUCUAGUAAUGGACAACGUUUACAUUCCAAACAGCAUCAACUGGAAUCCUGCGGAUGACACAAUGUAUGUGACAGAUUCUUUGGCAUUCAAAGUUUGGCAGCUCCCUUACCACAAUGGCAACCCUAGGGUUUCUGAUAAGACCCAGUUUAUAGAUUUUGUCCCCAUAAACAAGGGUUUCGACAGUCCUGAACCAGACGGGUCAGUGAUCGACUCUCGUGACGGAUUUUUUUACAGUGCAGUCUUCGGCUCGCACAAGGUUCAGAUUUUUGAUACCAAAGGUCAAUUGCACCGAGAAUUGCUGUUUCCGGAUACUCCAAACGUUACGUGCUGCUGCAUUGGAGCCGGAGGCGAUCUGUUUGUCACUACAGCUUCGCUGGAUGUAGAAAACGGCAAAAGUUCUGGUCCUGGUGGUUCAAUCUACCGUGUCUCCGCUGAUGUCGUAUCUGGCAAGGGAGAUGUGCACUCUUCGAAGCGCAAUCCAGAAUAUUGA